UCUCUCCCCAGAAGUGCAGGGCCGUAAGAGCUGUGGCAUUCACCAUGCUGGCCCGGGGCAGUGGCCCCGAGCAGAGGACCAGGCUUGCCCUGCAGUGGAGGCAGAUCUCCUGGAUCACCUGCUGGAUCACGCUGUAUGCUGUGGAGGCCCUCCCCGCCUGCCCCUUCUCCUGUAAGUGUGACAGCCGCAGCCUGGAGGUGGAUUGUAGUGGCCUAGGCCUCACCAUGGUGCCUCCCGACUUGCCCGCUGCCACCCGAACCCUCUUACUCUUGAACAAUAAGCUGAGUGCCCUGCCAAGCUGGGCAUUCGCCAAUCUGUCCAGCCUGCAGCGGCUGGAUCUAUCCAACAACUUCCUGGACCGGCUGCCCCGGUCCAUUUUCGGGGACCUGACGAAUCUUACGGAGCUGCAGCUGCGCAAUAACAGCAUCAGGACCCUGGACAGGGACCUGCUGCAGCACUCGCCCCUGCUCCGCCACCUGGACCUGUCCAUCAACGGGCUGGCCCAGCUGCCCCCUGGCCUUUUUGAUGGACUCCCAGCGCUGCGCUCCCUGUCACUUCGCUCCAACCGUCUGCAGAACCUGGACCGGCUGACGUUCGAACCCCUCGCAAGCCUGCAGCUGCUGCAGGUUGGGGACAACCCCUGGGAGUGUGACUGUAACCUGCGUGAUUUCAAGCACUGGAUGGAGUGGUUUUCCUACCGAGGGGGGCGCCUGGACCAGCUGGCCUGCACCCUACCCAAGGAGCUGAGGGGGAAGGACAUGCGUGUUGUCCCCAUGGAGAUGUUCAACUACUGCUCCCAGUUGGAGGACGAGAAUAGCUCAGCUGGGCUGGAUAUUCCUGGGCCACCCUGCACAAAGGCCAGCCCUGAACCCGCUAAGCCCAAGCCAGGGGCCGAGCCCGAGCCAGAGCCCAGCACAGCCUGCCCCCAGAAGCAGAGGUAUCGGCCAGUGAGCGUGAGGCGGGCCAUCGGCACAGUGAUCAUCGCGGGGGUUGUCUGUGGCAUUGUCUGCAUCAUGAUGGUGGUGGCAGCUGCCUACGGCUGCAUCUAUGCCUCCCUCAUGGCCAAGUACCACCGGGAGCUCAAGAAGCGGCAGCCCCUCAUGGGGGACCCGGAGGGUGAGCACGAAGACCAGAAGCAGAUCUCUUCUGUGGCCUGAGAGCCCAGCCCCACUUGGCCUAGGUAGGAAGGGCCGGGAG